AUGCUCGACUUAGCUGUAGAUUUGUCUUUUAGUUUUAAUUCUAUAGAAUGUUCUGUAAUUUAUUUGCAUUUGAUUUUGAGUAAGAAUAAAAUAAACAACUUCUUGAUGAGGCUUCAAAAAAUAUGGAGGAAUGAUGAAAGUUUACCUCCAAAUGCAAUUGUGUUAAAGAGGAAUCAGUUAAAUCAAAUCGAUUUAUACACUUCAAUUUACUGCAAUGGGUUAGAAGUAUUCAUACACAUUUAUUUGGGAGUCCCACUAUUAACAAUACUCUUUAAGGAAUUUGUACUAAAAAGAGACGUCGCCUAUAUUACGCCGCUAAAAUUCUCAUUGCCUUUUGAUUACCAAAACAAUAUCGUUACAUUCCUUACAGCUUCUUUAAUAGACUACUCAGUGUUACGUAAAAUGGGGCACACUUUAAACUGCAGUUUAUUUUUUCUUUCUGUAUCUAUGAACCAAUUACGUACAUUAUUUCUGCUGCUCCAGGAAGAUUUUAAGGAAAUAAUAAAAGCGAAAGAGGCAGAUAUUGACGAUCAAUUAAAGAAUAAAAUUAAGAAACAUGUGAUAUUAUCGAACAUGUUGGUUCAACUGGGUGAUUCUUUCGGCUUAAUAUUUAUUAUUCAUGUUUCCUUUGUAACGGUAACCAUUUGCUUCUACGGCAUUGCUGCAAUAAUAAACCGUAGACUGGAAGAUAUGAAGAACCUUAUGCUUUGUGUUAUACAAGUUGUCAAUGUUUAUUACUGCUGUAAGGAAGGACAACGUGUUACUGAUUCGGAUUUGAACCUGCCCGCAGAAAAUGCGGCCCGAGUGCUUUACCAACUAAGCUCCGGUUCGCAUACCAAUGAUGCCCAAGCUUUGAACGUUUCCACCGCAAUAUAUGAUAGCCAAUGGGACGAGCUGUCAUGCAAAAAUCAAAAGAUCAUUUUACUAAGCAUUUUAAGGUCACAGCGUGCUACUUACAUCCGUUCCACGAGUUUUACUGAAAUAUCUUUGAAGAGUUUUAAAACGAUAAUGAAAACUACUUGGUCGUUCAUUUCACUAAUUGUUAGCAUGUAUGAAAAUUAG